AACAUCUAGCCUACUCGAGUCUAAGCAGCGGAACGGCAUCAACAAGCUUAUUAGAGCGAGAGAAACACACGGUAUCUAAAUAAAGUACCGCGCUUCGGUUGCGUUACGAUGCUAUAGUCUGCUGGAUUAGAUGUGCAGCUUAAAAAGUUCCAUGCUAGGGUGAAAUAUUGUGGUUAAAAUGAUUCUUGUUCUGGAAUUUAGCGUAGGACGCGUAGGAGCUCAGUUGACAGCUGGAAUGUAACUGGGUUUCUUAUGAGCUGGCUAACACAGCUAGCUGCCUAUAGAGGUCUGAGAGUCUGAGAAUAAGAUGCAUUUCAUGUCGAGCACACAGCAGAUGCAUGCCUAGGCGUAUAUAGAAGUAUGCUAGGAUGUUCAAAAAUGUGUUCGGAUCAGGAUUCCUGGUGAGGACCGCUCAUGUCAUCUUGACAUGGGUUAUAACGCUGAUCCUCUUCCUCCACGACACCGACCUCCGCAGACAGGAGGAGUUGGGGGAGCUCACACUGCCGGUUCUCUUUGUGCUGCUGGUCCUGGUGUCCGUGCUGCUGUACUUUGCAGUUUCUCUCAUGGAUCCUGGCUUUGUCCUGUCUGAUGACUGUGACUUGCAGUUCACACUUGGUGUCGCAGAAGAAACGCAGGAUAUGAUUCCACAGAGCACCAAGUCCAUACGGUUGCGGCGCUGCGGACGCUGUCUGGUACAGCAACCCAUGAGAUCCAAACACUGCCAGACGUGUCAGCACUGUGUGCGGCGCUAUGAUCAUCACUGCCCCUGGAUAGAGAACUGCAUCGGGGAGAGAAACCAUCGCUGGUUUGUGCUUUAUCUGGCUGUCCAGCUUGUUGUCUUACUGUGGGGACUGUAUAUGGCCUGGUCCGGCUUCAGUCACGCUCCCACCUGGCAGCUGUGGUUGAGGAGCAACGGUGUGCUCCUGGGAGCAGCGGCGGCGGUGGCUGUCCUGUCCCUGACCGUGCUUCUCCUCCUGGGCUCUCACCUAUACCUGGUGUCCCUGAAUACCACCACAUGGGAGUUCAUGUCUCGACACAGAAUCUCUUACCUCAAACACUGCGGUGCGGACGAAAACCCUUUUGACCGCGGAACCCUGCGCAAUCUCUGGAGCUUCUUCUGCAUUUGGGAACCGGUGGUUUGGGAGCAUGUGUAUUUCAAGCAAGGCAACGAUACGAUUUAAUUUCCUUGGAUGGACCCAUUGGAUGGAAGUUUAUGUUUUGGUGGAAAUUGCUUCUAAUCUACUUCUCCCAUUCCAUUUUGAAAGUGAUUCUUAAAUGCAUGAACUUUGUCGUUGCAAUGAUGUUUGGUCAAGCGUCAUCAAAUAGGUCUGAAUGAGCAUUUUUCUUAAGGUGUUUUGUGAAGAUUUUGCCCACAUAGAACUGUGCUGAUUUUGCACAUUUUAAUAGCAAAAGCACAAGCACAAAACCACAAUAGCGUUUUUCAGAGCUGAACUGUGGUUUCCCAUUAAUGCAAUACAUAGAGAUGAGAUAUUAAAAUUUUAUAUGAUAAUGAUUUAUUAUCUUGGCUCUGCUCCUGUAAUCUCUUUCAUGGUACUAAAAAGCUGUUGGACAAAAGUAAUUGAGCUAGACAGUCUGUCAGCUUAUUUUAUAGCAGCCGCAGAUGAUGAUGUACUGUUACAUCAGCAAUCAUUUUGUGCAAUUAUUGAACUUGUGAAAUACAGUCAGUUGUAUAUACUUAUUUUUACAGUUUUCUUUUGAAAAUUGACAUCCCCUUUCAAGAUCCAUUUCAAACAGGGUAACGAGAAGUUCAUGUUUAUAAUACAAAUCAUUUCCUAUAGCACUUUAUAUAUCAUUGGUGAAAUUUCAAUAUGCUUGUAAUGUGACUUUAUAAUAUUAAUGUUCUGGUUUAUCUAGACAUAACAUAAUCGAUACAUUAAACAUAAGAAAUUAACACUAAAAGACUGAAUUUAGAAUACAAACAUAAUCAGUGCUGUAAUGUUCAACAUUACAGACAUUUUUUGUUUUGUUUUUAUGAAAAACUUUAUUUUUAUAUAAAAGGGCCUUUUCUAUUACACAUCAGCAUCUUAAAGUGAAAGUGACAAAGUGAAAAAGAGAGAGUGAUGUAAGUGCAUGUGACACUCCUUCGACUGUUAGAUCUCUGUCCAUUUCGGACAGCCUGAAAAAUAAUGUUUUGUUGAUAAAUGCAGUACAAUGAAGUCCACACUGUGUGACUUUAACAAACCUUUAGUUAGAAUUUUCUCUGAAUAUAUAGUCAUAAAAAGCAAUAAUUGUUUCAGUUUCUUUAAAUUGCACUUGAGUGUUUUUAACGUAUCAAUAUUAAUGCUGAGAUUUCAUGAAUGAUUUGUGCCGUUUUGAUCAAAGUUAUGCAAUUUUUGUCCUCAAUGUAAUAUUCUGAAACAUCAGUAUUCAAUAAAUUGAACAACUUGGUCA